AUGCCUUCGAUGAAGCGCGCUCAGGUGUCUCCGGACCCUGAAGAAAGUGAUGGAUCCAUGAGUUCAAAGCGACAGAGGACAAACUCAAGCUCCUCUGGCUCAGGUUCCUCGCCUGGGCCGGCGUUGAAUACCCUAGCCGUCGAUGAAGAGGAGCUUUCCGACGAUGAGCUUGAACUCCGGCAGACGCAGAUUAUCCAAGAAAAAUACUCCCAUCAGAUGGACGAAGUCAAUGUACCCGCCGAGCACGGAAUCCUUGAGCGCGUGGAGUGUUACAAUUUCAUGUGUCACGACCAUUUCAAUGUCGAACUGGGGCCUUUGAUCAAUUUCAUUGUGGGAAAGAACGGUAGUGGCAAGAGCGCGAUCUUGACUGCAAUUGUUCUUUGCUUGGGAGGCAAAGCGGCCGCGACAAAUCGAGGUCAGAGCCUAAAGAGCUUCAUCAAAGAGGGCAAGGAGAGCGGAACGAUCAUUGUCCGCAUCAAGAACCAAGGCGAUGGUGCCUAUUUGUCUGAUGAUUUUGGCAAAACCAUCAUUGUGGAACGUCACUUUACCAGAAGCGGUGCCAGUGGGUUUAAGAUCAAAUCUGAGAAUGGUCGGAUUGUCUCGCAAAAGAAAGCCGAUCUCGAUUCCAUUACAGAUUAUUUUUCUCUGCAAAUCGACAACCCUAUGAAUGUGCUAUCUCAAGAUAUGGCUCGCCAAUUCCUCAGCACGUCUAGCCCGGCCGAAAAGUACAAGUUCUUUGUCAAGGGUGUUCAGCUGGAGCAGCUAGACCAGGAUUAUCGACUCAUUGAGGAAUCUGUUGACGGAAUGGAAGAAAAGAUCCAACAUCAGACGGAGGAUCUUGUGAACCUGGAAAACCGCAAAAACGUAGCCAAGAAAAAGCUGGAAAUGUCGGAUAAGCAGAACUCUUUGCGACAGACACUCAGAAACAUUCGCAGCCAAAUGGCUUGGGCCCAGGUGGUGGAGCAAGAGAAAAUGUUGAAUGACCUGACCAACGCCAUCUCGGAGGCUGACCUGAAAAUUGCCGAUGCCCAAUCUAAACUCGCUCGGUUUGACGAAGCUUUUGAGAACGUUGACAAAGAAAUCACGGACGCCGAUGAGCAUGCUUAUCGGGCCGCAUUUGCUCUCGAAGAAGCCGAGGAGGCCAAAAAAGAGAUUGAAGUGAAGCUUAGAGAGGAAAUGAACUCUCGUUCUGAACUUCAGACCCAACAACGAAAUAUUAAACAACUUCUCGAUGAUACGACAGCCCGAGUGCGGGAGACCCAACAAAAGAUUGACCGCGAGAAGGAACGUCUCGCCGAAGCUAGUAAUGGAGGUUACGCUCGCAAACAAGAGGAGUGUGAGAGGGCCGCCAGUGCCGCUGCUACGGCGAAGACGGAAUAUGAAGAGCACCGCAAUGGUGCAACCGCCCUACGGGCUGAUAGCGAUGAAGCUCAAAGGAAACUCGCAGAGGCAACGCGUCCUAUUGACACCAAGAAAAAAGAGAUAGCAGAGGCCGAGAACCAACUCAAAGCCCUCGGCAGGGAAGGAGGAUCCAGACAAAAUGGCUACCAUCCUGAUAUGCACGUUCUUCUCAAGGCAAUUCAGAAUGAGAAAUCGUUUGGGUCUCCUCCUGUGGGCCCAAUUGGGCACCAUGUGACUCUCUUACAGCCAAAGUGGUCCUCAAUUUUGGAGAGUAUGUUCGGUGGCACGCUCAACAGUUUCAUCGUGUCCUCUAAGAGGGACUCGGAUCUUUUAACAGCCAUUAUGCGGCGGGUCAAGGUCCCUUGCCCCAUUUUCAUUGGCUCUGGGGGGCAUCUUGAUACUACGGGGAAGGAGCCUGAUCCUCGUUUUGAUACUGUCCUAAGAACACUUCAAAUUGAUAAUGAAUUGGUACGACGGCAAUUGAUCAUUAACCACGGUAUUGAACAAACGCUUUUGAUAGAGAACCUGGAAGAGGCUUCCUCCGUCCUCUUCGAUGGCCAACGCCCUCAAAAUGUCAAGCGCUGUUACUCGGUCGACGCGAGAGACCGACGCCGGGGACUUUAUCUCACAUACAACAGGGCGGGUGAACCCACUCAAUCCCCAGUGACAGGAUGGACCAGACCCGCGCGCAUGAAAUCCGAUACUGCUCUCCAGAUCAGCGCACAACGUGAUAUUUUGACAGAUUUGAAGCGCCAGCAGGAAGAACUCAAUCGCGAGACAACCAGGGCCAAGUCACGCGUGGAUGCUUGCAAGAGGGCAAUCGCCUUGCAUGCCAAAACUGAAAAUGAACUGCGCCAUCGGAAGGACCGGGCAGAAGACCACUCCGAGGAGCUCAAAGAGGCUCUGGAAAAGGACAAUGCCGAAGACGAAAUCAAUGUCCUCCAACUUACUCUCAAGAAUGCCGAGGAUGACAAAGAGCUCCACGAAGGAUCAUUCAAGGACGGCGAGGCAGCAAUGGCCGCCAAGCUGCAAACGCUCAUGCAAAUCAGGCGAGAAUUGGCUGCAAAGAACUCGGGCUAUGAAGCUUGCAAAGAAAAAUUGGGGGUGGCAGAAGACGAGAAAAAGCAUGUUCAAAGCAAACGACGCAUCAUCUUGGACGAGAAGAACGAGGCCGUGUCACUGAUUGAGACUGACCAAGAAAAAAGGGUCGGCAUCAUUCAGAAACAGGACCUGGUGCGAAGGAGGGUCACCGAGUACAACGAAAAAGCCAGCCUGGUGUCCUCUCGGGUUCCCAUAGAAGAUGGAGAAACGCACCAAAGCCUUGAGGCCAAACUUGAGAGGCUGCACUGUGAUUUAGAGCGAUACACUGCACAAUUGGGAGCCUCGCGAGAAGAGAUUGCAGAUGCAGCGGCAAAAACAGAGGCCGAGUAUUCAGGAGCGCGGGCACGAGUGGAGGAAGAGUUGUUUGUGGCUCGGGCUCUGAAAGAUACUCUUCACAACCGUAAAAAGCGUUGGGAGAUCUUCCGAUCUCAUAUUUCAUCUCGGGCCAAGGCCCAAUUUACUUACCUUCUCAGUGAACGGAGCUUCCGCGGUCGUCUGUUAACUGAUCAUCACAAUAAACUGCUCGAUCUCCAGGUGGAGCCGGAUAUCACCAAGGAUGACAGUACUGGACGCGGCGCAAAGACCCUCUCGGGUGGUGAAAAGUCCUUCUCCCAAGUGUGUCUUCUCUUGUCCCUUUGGGAAGCCAUGGGUUCUCCAAUCCGCUGCCUCGAUGAAUUCGAUGUGUACAUGGACCAUAUCAACCGCAAGAUGGCCAUUGACAUGCUUAUGAGUGCCGCCAGACGGUCCAUUGGGCGACAAUUCAUUCUCAUCACCCCUGGCAGUAAGACCGACAUCACCAUCUCUCCAGAUGUCAUAGUGAAGGAACUGGCAGCACCUGAGCGAGGUCAGACCACACUCAACUUCCCGGGACCGAGCUUCACUGGACCUCAAACCUCUUCUCUCCCCGCCAUAAUCAUCAAUCCCAACCACACCCUCUAUCUCUCAUCUGUGAACCUAUCUGGCGUCGAAAAUUCUCUUUAUUCUCUCCCACAGAUCUUGAUCUUUGACAACUCCCACUCAUACAGCCCCUUACCCACCGCAAACCGACCAGCGCACUCUCCACAUCCUUCUUCACCACCUACUCCUUUUAUCUUCGCAAUGGCUGAUGCACUUGCUGCACAACUCGGCAAUACUAAGCUGGAACCAACCCAAGAACAAAGACUGCAGGACUCAUUGAAUUUACCCCCCAAAGAUGCCCGCCCACAAACUGAGGAUGUCACUGCCACAAAAGGUCUCGAGUUUGAGGACUUCUACAUCAAACGCGAACUUAUGAUGGGAAUCUUCGAGGCUGGAUUCGAAAAGCCAUCCCCUAUCCAAGAAGAGACGAUACCAGUUGCUCUUACCGGUCGCGAUAUCCUGGCGCGAGCUAAGAACGGUACCGGAAAGACCGCAGCCUUCGUUAUUCCCACCCUUGAGCGCAUCAACCCCAAGAGCACAAAGACCCAGGCACUGAUCUUGGUCCCCACACGAGAGCUCGCACUUCAAACAUCACAAGUCUGCAAGACCCUUGGUAAACACCUGGGCAUUAAUGUCAUGGUCACCACGGGUGGAACUGGCCUCAUGGAUGACAUUAUGCGAUUGAAUGACGCUGUUCACAUCCUCGUGGGAACUCCCGGUCGAGUACUGGAUUUGGCCAGCAAGGGUGUUGCCGAUCUUUCUGAAUGCCCAACUUUCGUGAUGGAUGAGGCAGACAAAUUGCUAUCACCCGAAUUUACCCCAGUCAUUGAGCAACUGAUGUCCUUCCACCCGAAGGAUCGCCAGGUUAUGCUCUUCAGUGCCACUUUCCCUAUGAUUGUGAAGUCAUUCAAGGAUAAGCACAUGCGCAACCCCUAUGAAAUCAAUCUCAUGGACGAACUCACCCUGCGCGGUAUCACGCAAUACUACGCAUUCGUCGAGGAGAAGCAGAAAGUCCACUGUCUGAACACUCUCUUCUCCAAGCUUCAAAUCAACCAGUCGAUCAUCUUCUGUAAUUCGACAAACCGUGUCGAGCUGCUGGCCAAGAAAAUUACCGAACUUGGCUAUUCAUGCUUUUACUCUCAUGCUCGGAUGCUUCAGCAACACCGUAACCGUGUGUUCCAUGACUUCCGCAACGGUGUCUGCCGUAACCUCGUCUGCUCUGACCUUUUGACCCGUGGUAUCGAUAUUCAAGCGGUCAACGUUGUGAUCAACUUCGAUUUCCCGAAGAACGCUGAAACCUAUCUUCACCGUAUCGGUCGUUCGGGCCGUUUCGGACACCUGGGUCUGGCUAUCAACCUCAUCAACUGGGAGGAUCGGUUCAAUCUCUACAAGAUUGAACAAGAACUGGGUACCGAGAUUCAGCCCAUUCCUCAGAACAUCGAUAAGAAGCUUUAUGUGUACGACUCUCCGGAGAAUAUCCCUCGACCAAUCUCCAACCCUCCCCCUCAGGCUGGUGCUGGAUCUGUGAACAUGAACGGGGACCGACAACCUCGGCGUCAAAAUCACCAUGGCCAACAACAUGGUCAACCCGGCCAAUACAACAACAACAACCGGGGACGUGGGUCUUAUCGUGGCCGUGGCCAAGGCCAGCGUCGUGGGCCAUCAAAUGACAACCGCAUGACCUUCCAGCAACCUCAGCAGCCUCAACAAUCUCAGCAGUCUUAA